ACAGUAUUCGUCAUUAGCUGUGAAAAUGAGGUUGGUGAUAUUACGGGAUUACCAUGCGCCGGUACGAAUUGUAUAAUUCAAAGUGACGACAUGGUCGAAUGACAAACCGAAAAAUUUUAGAACUUUUUAAGAUGGAGAACAAGGGAAUCAUUCAUGGAUGUUGAAUCUUGCGUAAGACAAUUGAUAGCACGAGAAUCUGUCAUUUGAUCAUGAUCUUCGACAUUUUUCAAAUCAUGCUUUUCUUGAUAGCGGUGGUUCUGCUCAGCGCUAAAAAUGUCAUCGGUGAUGAAAUAAACAUGCGACAAACUUGGGAAAAAGCUAGGAUUAAGCCUGAUGUGACGCAAUUUUCCCCUCAAAACCCUCUGCUCGAAUAUUACUUUUUUGAUAAAGUAAAAUUUGGAAAUCAACUAUCACCGAAUACUGUAUUUAAUGUACCAACUUUACUCGACUGGCCUUUGUUAGCCGGACAUUUCUAUACUAUAAUGAUGAUUGAUCCUGAUGCUCCUAAUCCUAAAAAUCCGAUUGAUCGAAAUAGACUCCAUUGGCUCGUUGUAAAUAUACCCAAUGAUCAUUACAGAGAAGGCGAAACACUUGUUGAGUACCGAGGUAUCAUUCGAGAUAAAGAAAAAUCACCACACAGAUACGUGACUCUUGUUUAUCAUCAACCUUGUGAAAUGAAGUUCGACUUUCAGAAGAUUAACUCCCGUGAGCUCAAAAGCCGCGCUAAUUUUAGCGUGGAGGCAUUUGCGGAAAAGUACAAUUUCACCGAUCUCAUUGCUGGCAACUACUUUAUCGGAUCUUGAUAUUCUUCGAUGAGAACCACCAACCCGUUUACACAUCGAAAUAAAUGGACCAUCAAUUGAAAGACACGCAGCUUUAAAACGCACUUUCAUGUAUGCUGAAUAAAAGACUUGAUCAUCUUAUUUUUAUGAAUUGAAAUAAAUUGAUUUUAUACUGAAUAUGACAAGUAAUGAAAUAUCUAUAUGUGAA